AUCAAAGCUGUAAACUGUAGCCCCGACAGUAGUCAUUUUCUCUUUGAUCGAGGUCUCGUUCAUAAAUCUAGUAAUUUAAUGUUUCCUUACGAAUCGGUAAAUGAUUAUACCUUCUAAAACUGAACCUCAACGGCAUAUACAUUUACGAAAGUCGCCCUUUAGUUCGGCGUAUGCCUAAAACAGCAAGAAACCCUUUUUCGUAUGAACUUUUUUUCUGUCACUUCCUGGGUUUUUCCCCACAGCUGAAUGAAAGAGAUGAGCAUCUCCAGACAGAAAGCCAGAGAUCUAGUCACCACCUAUGAUCACAGUUUGGAGCAGCAAAUUUCUGGACUAGGCUCCAGCCUGGCAUGUAGAGAUGAGGAGCUACUGAAGCAGGUGGAGGGCCUGCUGAAGGAUGGAGAUGCUCAAGAGACACACAGCCUGGGUCUGGAUCCACUGGGGGUGAUGGAGGAGUCGCUCACAGCAGCAACAGCAGCAUCCACAGCAGCAGCAGCCAGUGCUGGGCGGGUCAGAGCCAGAGGAGGGCUGCAAGGCCUGUCUAGAGCUUUUGAGGUCCUGGAGCAAGCCGCCCUGAACCUGUACCUUGGUCCCUGGAGGCACGAGUACAAAAUAGUCAAGAUGUACUCUGGUAUGUUCACCCACUACAUCAAACCGGUGCUAUCGAUGCCACAGAUUGAGAAACUGUUCAGCCUGCUAGGAUACCAGCCCAGCUCUUCUCGGCCCGAGCAGCUUCGCCUCCAGUUGCCCAGAGUCACUCCUGCCUUUCUAGAUGAGCUCCGCUCCUUGUCAUGUGCCUUCUUCCUGGCCCGCUGCGAGUGCUGCCUCCUUCUGACGGCCCUGGGGAGGCACGCUGGAGACGCCCAGUGGGAGCUGAGUCUGGUGAAAGAGAGGCAAAGAGGAAACAGCCUGCAGGUCGCCCUGGACAACGCCAAGAAGACCCUGGAUGCCAACCAGACUGCGAUGGAGCCGUAUGACGGAGAGGAUCUGUACACGGAUGAGCAUAUUAAUGGGGGGCAGAGGGAGGCUGUUGUCGAGGACGACGAGAGUCCCCAAUCGUUAACCUGGGUGCCUCCGAGCGGCGCAUCGCCCCCUGCUGUAAAAACACAAAGCAACGGAGUGACGUCCCUGUCCUCCUCCACCACCACCACGAGAGAGAACGUCUGCGUCUCUACACUCAACUGCCAGCUGACGAAGACGUCCCCGCUGGAACCAGACGCCGCCAAAGGCUCCUCAGCCAACAUGAGGCAAGUCCGGGCCGAGUCGAGGUUCGACAAAGGGGAUUCGAAGUCGUGCAGUCUGCAGAUAGACGCAAUAGGGCUCAGAAAGGGCCCGGAGGAAGCCGACCACCACUGCAGCUGCCUCCAAACUCCCCAUGUUGUUCUUAAACACUGUAUUGAAUGCAACACCUUGCACGACAUUGCCUGUGCCUCGCUUCACCAUUGCAUCGUGGAGAACCACCGCACUUUGUUCCCUGACAGUGUGGGAGAAGAUAUAAAAGAUGAGAGCCUCAGUGUGAGCGACAUGAGAACCUCACCGACUCUCACCGGCGGCAGCGCAGCCAUGUCCUCCUUGGCGCUGUGCGACGAGCCAAAAUCAAUCAUUCCUCCGAUCACCUACCAUGACUGCUGCGACCUCGCCCAGCUGGACCCCCAGGUCCUGUGUGUCGAUUGUGGAGUCUUUCACUCCGGUUCCUGCAGCAGGAUCGACUUCUGCAAAAGUCACCACACGAUCAAGCGGCUGGGAGUGUGCAGAUGUGGGAGGGCGUGUGCCAGAAAUCCGCUGAUUCUGUGCAGAUAUUGCGGAAAUGAGUAUUGUAGAGAUUGUUGGUACAGAAGUCCCGUUGAAUGCAUCUGCGGCCAAACGUUCGACCAGUCAUCUUCUGUGUGAUUUGGAUUUUUUAAAACAUGUUGCACUAAUGAGGCACAACUAGCAAAAUCACAGUGCCUUAAAUCUGCGUACUGGAAGUUUUUUCUUUUAAAUCAAAAAUUCAAAUGUUGCCUUGACAAUACUGAAAUGCAGUAUUGAGUGUGCUCAAUUUUUUCUCUUUUGGUCCUCUGUCUGAGGCUCACUCUGUCAUGCAGCUGUUCUGUAAGUGGCCAUAUUUACCAUUAUCAGCAUUUUCAAAUCAUUGUAUACUGAUAUCGACUCACAGCUCUUACAGAUCGUGCUUUAGGUCACUUCAAUGUAAUUUAGUAUGAAGCACAAAGUCUGUCCUUAUCUGUAUUUGUUGCCUGCACAAAGAUUGGAGUAAAAAAAGGUCAACACUU